AUGCAGCAGUUCCCGUACCCGCGAAAGUCGUCCACCGUCUACACUCCUACCCACACCUCCGCCUACCAACAACGACGACUCCUCAAACGAUAUGCUCCUCCGCUGCUGGGCUUCGUCAGCCUCAUCUGGCUCCUCACAUACCUAUUCAAGGGUACAUCGACAUCAACAUAUAUCCCACCUGGCACCCCACCAGUGGUGAUCGUUACGAAUCUCGACCCCAAACUCUCCGAACCCUUUCGCGAAGCGAUCAAAGAAAACCGUCGCGCGUAUGCCGCCCGCCAUGGCUACUCCUACUUCUUCACCAACACGACCGACUACGAUCUGGUGGAGAAAACCCCUCAAUCAUGGUCCUCCAUCCCCUCCCUCCGGCACGCCAUGACCCUCAACCCACACAGCACCUGGCUCUGGUACCUCUCCUCGGAGGCUCUGAUCAUGAACCCGACGCAAUCCCUCCAAACCCAACUCCUCGACCCGCCCCUCCUCAAAUCCCUCCUUAUCAAAGACCAACCCGUCGUCCCACCCGACAGCGUCAUCAAAACCCUCUCCCACAUCUCCGUCUCCUCCAUAAACCUCAUCCUCUCCCAAGACGGCGAGGGGCUAGCCAGCGGAAGUUUCCUCCUCCGAACAGGCGACUGGGCCAAAUUUUUCCUCGACGCAUGGUUCGACCCCUUAUACCGGAGUUACAAUUUUCAAAAAGCAGAAGGACAUGCUUUGGAGCAUAUUGUGCAGUGGCAUGGAACAAUUUUGGCGAAACUGGCGCUUAUACCGCAGAGGAAAUUGAAUUCUUAUACGAAGACUGCAGAGGAGAGUACGACAGAGGGUCUCUACCAAGAAGGUGACUUCAUAGCGAAUUUCCACGGCUGCCAUACGAAUCCUAAACGGAAUUGCGAAGAGGAGAUGCAGUCCUUUAUUGCGAAGUCGAUUGAGAACUCGAAGAGCCAGUGA